AUGGGAAGAAGCCGUACCACUGCCCCAACUACCAGCAAAAGGAAAAUUCCUUUGACACUAGACGAUCGGACCAUAGAGGACAGAGGCGACCUGAGUUGCGCUGUUUCAGCUGUGGAGGACCUCAUCUCCAAAGAGAUUGCCACCAAAAUCCUGUCACUUGCUUUAGAUGUGACGGGAAAUCGUCGUCAGCCAAAUCCUAUUAACUCUAGGAAUCCUUCUGGAAGACCUGACAUGAGGGGACGUGUGUACACGAUGAGUGGUACUGAGGACACUCACUCUGAUGACUUGAUUCAAGGUGCGUGUGUUAUAAAUGGUGUUUCUUUAAGAGUAUUGUAUGAUUCUGGAGCAAUGCAUUCUUUUAUUUCCAAUGAUUGUGUGAGGCAGUUGGAGUUGCCUAUCUCUCAUAUGACCGGAAACCUUAUUGUCUCUACCCCUGCCGGUCCGUCUAUUGCCACCUCCCUUGUUUGCCGUGAUUGUCAUAUUUAUUUGGAAGGUCAAGAAUUCAUUGUUAACUUGAUCUGUUUACCCCUCUCUGAUUUGGAUGUCAUCCUAGGUAUGGAUUGGCUUUCUGCCAACCAUGUCAUGUUAGAUUGUCCAAAUAAGAAGUUAGCUUUUAGUUUGAACAAUGUUGAAAGGACCAAGGAGGAAACUCAAGAAAGCCAAGAUGCUCAUUGUACCCGUGAUCCAAGGGAUGCGAAAACACAAAUUUUCACGGUUUUUGCUAUUGGCGAUCCUAAGGACGACCCUGUGCUUGAUGAGAUAUCCAUUGUUUGUGAAUAUCCUGAAGUUUUUCCCGAGAACGUGCCUGGAUUGCCUUCGGAGAGAGAAGUUGAAUUCUCUAUAGACUUGGUUCCUGGUGCUGGACCAGUUUCCAUGGCACCCUACCGAAUGUCGCCCGUAGAACUUGUUGAGUUAAAGCAACAAGUGGAGGAAUUACUUGGGAAGCAUGAGGAAUAA